CAAGCUUCGAGGAUUAUUACAUACGCAAGAAAAAAAAACCAGCUUCGAAGAUUCAGUCACAGUCUCUACUCCUCUCUCCCUCUUAGUCUACGAUGCAGAAAGCUGUAUUUCUAUUGAGUAUUCAUGACAUCAAGAUCAGAAAGAAAGCCUUCGUGACCGUCUCUGCCUUUCCAGGGGUCAGUUCCGUCGGGAUCGAUGAGAAGAACGAGAAGAUGACGGUGAUCGGGAGCAUGGAUAUGGAUGUACCGACGAUUGUGAUGAAAUUGAGGAAGAUAUGUGAUGCCAAGAUCGAUACUGUCGAACCGGUUAAGAAACCGGAACCUAAGAAACCGGAACCUCCUAAACCGGAGCCUCCUAAACCAGUAGUGUUUCACCAUCCGGUCAUGCCUAUGACUUACCAUCCCAAUUAUGAUAUCUCUCACUAUCCCGUUUACCCUACCAAAUUCGUGGAGAACGAAGACCCUAAUUCUUGCGUUAUUUGUUAAAUUUUCUCUCUCUCUCUUUUUUUUUAAUGGAUGGGAUUUGAUAUAUGAUGGAUGAUGUAGUGAAUACGAUCGAAAUAUAGUUGAUUUUGGUUCUGGUAUGUGAAGAUGUAUUUGUUCCAGAAACAAUAAUAUAGUCACGUGUCUUGGAUUUCUUCAGACAA